GAACACCCAGCUGCCGGGAGGCGUGGAGUGCGUGACGUCACCGCGAUUUAAAUGCCUCGGAGAGAUGCUGGCUCUUAUUGAGCGGGGCGAAUCGCAGCUUGUCGGGACUGCAUCGCGCUAUCGCGACCGGAACCCGGGAACCCCGUUGUGUUGAUUUUGUUCAUCCGGAUUUGAAUUCCAAAUAACCGACAAUGGGACAGCUAUUCACUAAACUCAUGAGCAUCUUCGGCAAUCGCGAGCACAAGGUGAUCAUUGUAGGUUUAGAUAACGCCGGGAAGACCACCAUCCUGUACCAAUUCCUGAUGAAUGAGGUCGUCCACACGGCCCCCACCAUCGGCAGUAACGUGGAGGAGAUCGUGAUUAGGAACACGCACUUCCUGAUGUGGGACAUCGGAGGACAGGAGACGAUCCGGGCCACGUGGAACAGUUACUACUCCAACACGGAUUUUGUUAUAUUGGUGAUUGACAGCACGGACAGAGAGAGGCUUCCGGAAACCAGGGAUGAGUUGUACAAGAUGUUGGCACACGAGGACUUGCAGGACGCAGCCGUGUUGAUUUUCGCCAAUAAGCAGGAUGUGAAAGACUCGAUGAGCGCCUCCGAGAUCUCGUCUUCACUCGCACUCAGCGCCAUCCGGGACCGAGCCUGGCACAUUCAGGGGUGUUGUGCGCUGACCGGAGAGGGGUUGCCGGCCGGAUUGGAUUGGAUGAAAUCUCGUGUGAGCGCCAAGUGACAGAAACGCCUUUUUUUUAAUUCUUCUUAAGAGAGUCGGAGAACUUAAUUUUUUAUUAAGUGACAAAAGUAGGAGCUGCAGCUUCUAUCAUAUUUUUUCGAAUGAGUAAUCUGUAAAUUACUUGGACUUGCGCGGCCUUCAGCGGUUUCUCUGCAUCCGCCCGACAUUUCUCUGUUAUUUAUGAAUUGCUUUUAUUGUUUUUGUAAUGGAAGCGAUAUUUUGGAUU